AUGUACGUGAGCUCUCUCUUGGAUAAGGAGACCAGCAUGUAUCCAGGAUCUGCAAGGUGUAACAACAACCCCCCAGUGCAAAACUUUGUGUCUGCUCCACCCUACUCGGACUACAUGGGAUACCACCCCGUGCCAAGCCUGGAGAGCCAGGGGCAGCCCGCGGGGACCUGGGGGUCUCCCUACGGCCCCCAGCGGGAGGACUGGAGCGCGUACGGCCCAGGACCUUCCAGCACGGUGGCUGCUGCUCAGCUCAACGGCUCCUCGCCCGGACAGGUCUCCUACAGCUCUGCUGAUUACAGCUCCCUCCAUCCCGCUGGAGCUGGGGGGUUACCUCCUGCAGACACAAUUAAUGCACAGCAAAUCUCUCCCAACAGCCAAAGGCACAGCUCUUACGAAUGGAUGAGGAAAACGGUGCAAGCUAACCCUUCUG